AUGGAUGGCAUAGCUGUGCAACAUGAAAAACAUCCCAGUUUUUCAGAUUUCAAGAUUUUUAAUCCUUUUGAAAAAGUUACGCCUAAAUCAAGCAAUCGUCGAAAAACUAUUUCUAGUGUCUUUGAAGAAAAUUUAGAAGAUACGAAUACACCUCACACAAGUGAUCAAACCAGCUUUAAGCGUAAAUCAGUUUCCAGUGUAAAUGCUGCUCCAUCACCCAAAAGAUUAAGAAGUGGGAAAAGAAACAGUGUUGCUGCUGUUACUAAAGUGAAAGAAGAACCUGUAAAUAAUUCUUUGGAGUGUGAUAGUUCUGCUGUUGAAGAUAACUACACCCAGUGGGUUCUUCUUCAAGAUUUAGGGAGCAAAAUAUCAACAAAACCAGGCGUUUAUGAAUUGAAAGUGUGGCGUGCCAAAAAAUCAGCAUUCAUUGGGAGUUGCGAAAAUUUGCAUCAGAAACUUGAAUUGCAUAAAUUAGGUCAGAACUCUGGCCAUAAGCAUUUGGAUAAAUUCCUUGAAAGAAACAAAAAUGAUGUGUUAGUGCGAUAUGAAGAAAUGCCCUCAUUUAUGGUAGCAAAAGCAGAAGAAAAAAAAAGAGUUGAAUCGUUCAUUACAUUGCACAAAACUACUCCAGCAUACAAUUAAAUUUAAGUACUGGAAAUUUUAUUAUUAUUAUUAUUUUAAUUUGGAAAACAACUAAGAUUUUUUAAUGCAUUUCAUCUCUUCUCAUAGCUGUUUUUAAGAAGUACUAGAAUCAACAUUUUAUUUUAAUAGAAUUUUCUUACUGAUGAGAUGGAUAAAAGAAGUUUUUAUUGCUAAGUAAUUAUAUUUUUAGAUAAUGUAUUUACAGAUUAUUUGAUGCAAGAUGAUUAAAGUUAUUUUCUCAUCUCAAAA